AUGGAUCAAGAACAGAUUCGUGCUGAGUUUCAGGUGAAAUCCAGUCUCUACAAUGAUAUCUACAAGUUAAUAAUGGGGAUUUUGUCGAAAAGCCUAGGGUUCAUCAUCUCUUUGAUCAACGUAUACUUGAAGCUUUACAGAGUUUCUGUUGGUAUUAUCACCCAGGUCUGCCAAUUUAUCAGGUUCUUUCACCAGAGCUUUCUUUCAGUAGGCAGCAGAUUGUUUGGCUAUCUCUCGUACUUCUCCUAUCUUGCCUAUGUGUUCAAGCCCUUCAGCCUAUUGUUUUAUGGAGUUCACUUGCUACUAUUGAAUCCAGUGCUUACCUUCGUGAUUUUGUUAGUUGAGCUCGCCUUGAAACCAAUCAGUUUUAUUUUGUAUUCAGCAUUUGGGGUCAGCCUUUCUGAGUUCAUAUUUGAUUUUGGUUUCCUUCGCAGUUUGGUUACUCAAGAAGAGCUAUCUUCGUCGAAUCAUAUCAUCAACAAUGGGUAUGUUGCCACCAUUAACCACCAAUAUUAUAACUACAACAAAAACCACUAUUCCAGCAAUGUGAAGUUCAGGUACAAUAUCGACUCAACGAAAUAUAUCAACAGUGGCGGUGUUCUUGAAAUUGUUUACUUAAUCUACAUUUACUCAAUUGUUAUUAUUCUUUUUGCUUUAUUGGUGGGAGUGGUGUCGUUGUUGUUAUUUCAUUUGAUUCAGAUGGUGAUAAAUCCUGUGGCAUUGGGUUUGAUAGAUGAAAAUGACGAGAAACAAAUUCAAAAACAGAUUGAGAAAGAGGAUCAAAGAGAAUCAAUGGGAAAAAGAGAAAGAAGUAGUUAUUCUCAAAUUUUGGACCAACCAGGAUUGGAUCACAAAGAUACAAGCACUCCAAACUCAAAUACUCAGACUAUGAAAUUAGGCAGUUUGAAUCCUCAAAAAAAAUCCAGUUUGGAAUCUUCUUUUGUUUCAUAUAGUGAGUCUGGAUAUUCAAAUGAUGUUGGUGACAUUUCUUCUUAUUCAACAGUUGUUUUAUCAAAACCAGGUCGAGCUAUACAAGAGAGUAUGCGUCGACAAUUCAAUGAUACAGAUAAUGAAAUGGACACUGAAUAUCCACCAAUCUUCACAGAUUUAGACUACUUGAGAAACCUCAACAUUAACACCAACUCUGAUACAGAAACAGAAACAGAGCCAGAGCCAGAGCCAGAACAGAGCACUGGAAUCGACUGCUCAGAAUCAACUGCUGCAACAAUGUCCACAGGAAGAAAGCUUCCCUUGAGCCAAACCAAACACAAUGGUUUGAAGCUGAGAAACGUUAGCAAAGACUCGUCUUCGAGCUCGAUGGAAGAGACAGUGUUUUCCAGAAGAAUGCCCUCUUUCUCUUCCACCAUAACCAGCAUUGUUGAACCCAAAAUUCAAUAA